AUGUGGUUAGAAGUAGAGGAUUAUAGGAGGUUUGUAAUUUCAAUUUUAUUAUUUUAUUUAAGUCCUACUAUUAUUUUGUAGUAAGGAAUAUAUUAAAACGGAAUGAAAAUUGGAAAAUGGGAAAUUAAUUCUAAGCAUAAAAUAAUGUAAUAAAUUUACUAUAUAAUUUUUUAGAGGUGGAGGUAAUUAUAAUGAAAAAGGAUAAAAAUUUGGAUAAUGGAUUGAGAUUGAUGAAAAAAAAUAUUGGGAGUUGAAUAUAUAAAUUAAAUAAAAUUAGGUAUUGUUAAUUAUUGUAUUUUGGGAACUAUUAAGAUGGAAUUAAAGUAGGAAUAUGGGAAACCCAUUUUUGCUUAUUUACGAAUGACAUUAGAACAAUGUUAAAAUUUAGUUCUUUAUAUCUAGAGGAAAUGGAACAUAUGAUGAGAAUGGAAUUAAGGUAGGUCAAUGGACAGAAGUUUCGGAAACAUUUUGGGAGUAUAUAAUAUUCUAAUAAAAAAAUAGAAAAUCUUAAGUUAUUUAUAAAGGAUAAUAUGAAAAUGGUAUUAAAUCAGGGAGAUGGAAUGAAUACUUUUGUGAAAAUAAGCAAAAUUAAUUAAUGUAAUUUUAUUUUUGUUUAAUUCAACCUUAGUGGUGGAGGAAUGUAUGAUUAGAAUGGAGUAAAGUUUGGUAGAUGGAUUGAAAUGCAUGAAUAUUUUUCAAGGUAAUUUAUCUUAGAUUAAUAUUAAAAGUUAAUUGUAGAUAAUUUAUGUUGGUACAUAUUCUAAUGGAAUAAAAGAUUAAGAGUUUAAAUAGAAAAAACUAUAAAAUUUUAGAUGA